GUCCCGGCAGCAGCGAUGUCCCCCGGCAGGAAUGUCCCUCCUCAGAUAAUGUUAUUUAUAUCUCUGGGCGGGUCCGCGGCUCGGCAGCACCAGGCGCCCGGCGGCCGCUGUGCCAGGAGCCCCGCGCUGCCCUCCUCCCCCUACGCCGCCGCCGCUGCCACCCCCGGGCUCGGGGUGGCCGCCGCUACAGCCCCAGCGCAGGGACCCUUCCAUGAAGACUGAGGCAGGCGUAGCUGCUGAGAGCCUGCUGACAUGACAUCGGCCACGGAGUUUGAAAACGUGGGCAACCAGCCACCGUACAGCCGGAUCAAUGCCCGCUGGGAUGCCCUGGACGAUGAGCUGGAUAAUGACAGCAGCUCAGCCAGGCUCUUUGAGAGGUCCCGGAUCAAGGCCUUGGCAGAUGAGCGGGAAGUUGUUCAGAAGAAAACCUUCACAAAAUGGGUGAACUCGCACCUGGCGCGUGUGUCCUGCCGCAUCACUGACCUCUACAAGGACCUGCGGGAUGGGAAGAUGCUCAUCAAGCUGCUGGAAGUGCUCUCUGGAGAGAUGCUGCCAAAGCCCACGAAGGGGAAGAUGCGCAUCCACUGCCUGGAGAAUGUGGACAAGGCCCUGCAGUUCCUGAAGGAGCAGCGUGUGCACCUGGAGAACAUGGGCUCCCACGACAUUGUGGACGGCAACCACCGCCUGGUCCUGGGCCUCAUCUGGACUAUCAUCCUCCGCUUCCAGAUUCAGGACAUCGUUGUCCAAACUCAGGAAGGUCGUGAGACGCGCUCAGCCAAGGACGCGUUGCUGUUAUGGUGUCAGAUGAAGACGGCAGGCUACCCCCAUGUCAACGUCACCAACUUCACCUCCAGCUGGAAGGAUGGCCUAGCCUUUAACGCCCUGAUCCACAAGCACCGGCCCGACCUGAUUGACUUUGAUAAGCUGAAGGACUCCAACGCCCGGCACAACCUGGAGUACGCGUUCGACGUGGCUGAGCGACAGCUGGGCAUCAUCCCACUCCUCGACCCUGAAGAUGUCUUCACAGAAAACCCUGACGAGAAAUCCAUCAUCACCUAUGUGGUGGCGUUUUACCACUACUUCUCCAAGAUGAAGGUGCUGGCAGUGGAGGGCAAGCGCGUUGGCAAGGUAAUUGACCACGCCAUUGAGACCGAGAAGAUGAUUGAAAAGUACAGCGGGCUGGCCUCAGACCUGCUCACCUGGAUCGAGCAGACCAUCACUGUCCUGAACAGCCGCAAGUUCGCCAACUCCCUGACCGGUGUCCAGCAGCAGCUGCAGGCCUUCAGUACCUACCGCACCGUGGAGAAGCCGCCCAAGUUUCAGGAGAAGGGGAAUCUAGAAGUCCUACUUUUUACCAUCCAGUCACGGAUGAGAGCCAACAAUCAGAAAGUGUACACGCCCCAUGAUGGGAAACUCGUGUCCGACAUCAACCGGGCCUGGGAAAGCCUGGAGGAAGCUGAGUACCGGCGGGAGCUGGCUCUGAGGGAGGAGCUCAUCCGGCAGGAGAAGCUAGAGCAGUUGGCCCGGCGCUUUGACCGAAAGGCUGCCAUGAGAGAGACGUGGCUCAAUGAAAACCAGCGGCUUGUGGCCCAGGAUAAUUUCGGGUACGACCUGGCAGCUGUGGAGGCCGCCAAGAAGAAGCACGAGGCCAUUGAGACGGACACAGCUGCCUACGAGGAGCGGGUGAGGGCCCUGGAGGACCUGGCCCAGGAGCUGGAGCGGGAGAAUUACCACGACCAGAAGCGCAUCACGGCCCGUAAGGACAACGUCCUGCGCCUGUGGAACUACCUGCAGGAGCUGCUGCAGUCCCGGCGCCAGAGGCUUGAGAAGACGCUGGCCCUGCAGAAGCUCUUCCAGGACAUGCUGCACAGCAUCGACUGGAUGGACGAGAUCAAGGCUCACCUCUUGUCUGCCGAGUUCGGGAAGCACUUGUUGGAGGUCGAGGACUUGCUACAAAAACACAAGUUGAUGGAGGCUGACAUCGCCAUCCAAGGGGACAAAGUGAAGGCCAUCACCACAGCCACUCUAAAGUUCACUGAGGAGCCAGGGUACCAGCCUUGCGACCCACAGGUCAUCCAGGACCGUGUCAGCCACCUGGAGCAGUGCUUCGAGGAGCUGAGCAACACGGCAGCCGGACGCAAGGCCCAGCUGGAGCAGUCCAAGCGGCUCUGGAAGUUCUUCUGGGAGAUGGAUGAGGCCGAGAGCUGGAUCAAGGAGAAGGAGCAGAUUUACUCCUCCCUGGACUAUGGCAAGGACCUGACCAGCGUGCUCAUCCUGCAGCGCAAGCACAAGGCCUUCGAGGACGAGCUGCGCGGGCUGGACGCCCACCUGGACCAGAUCUUCCAGGAGGCUGAGGGCAUGGUUGCACGCAAGCAGUUCGGGCACCCGCAGAUCGAGGCCCAGAUCAAGGAGGUGUCUGCCCAGUGGAACCAGCUGAAGGAGCUGGCUGCCUUCCGCAAGAAGAACCUCCAGGACGCUGAGAACUUCUUUCAGUUCCAGGGCGAUGCGGACGAUCUGAAGGCCUGGCUGCAAGAUGCCCACCGGCUGCUCUCGGGAGAAGAUGUGGGGCAGGAUGAAGGGGCCACACAGGCCCUGGGGAAGAAGCACAAGGACUUUCUGGAGGAGCUAGAGGAGAGCCGCGGGGUGAUGGAGCAUCUGGAACAGCAGGCCCAGGGGUUCCCCCAAGAGUUUCGGGAUUCCCCAGAUGUGACCAACCGGCUGCAGGCCCUCCGGGAUCUCUACCAGCAGGUGGUGGCCCAAGCGGACGUGCGUCGGCAGAGGCUGCAGGAUGCCCUGGACCUGUACACGGUGUUUGGGGAGACGGAUGCCUGUGAACUGUGGAUGGGCGAGAAGGGGAAGUGGCUGGCCCAGAUGGACAUCCCAGACACGCUGGAGGACCUGGAGGUCGUGCAGCACAGGUUUGAUAUCCUGGACCAGGAGAUGAAGACUUUGAUGGCUCAGAUUGAUGGCGUGAACCUUGCUGCCAACAGCCUGGUAGAGAGUAGCCACCCACGCAGUGGAGAAGUGAAGAAGUGCCAGGACCACCUGAAUACCAGGUGGCAGGAAUUCCAGACCGUGGUGUUGGAACGGCGGGAGGCUGUGGACUCGGCCCUCCGGGUGCACAGCUACUGCGUGGAGUGCGAGGAGACCAGCAAGUGGGUGGUGGACAAGACGAAGGUGGUGGAGUCUACAAGGGACCUGGGCCGGGACCUGGCGGGCGUCAUCGCCAUCCAGCGCAAGUUGUCGGGGCUGGAGCGUGACGUGGCCGCCAUCCAUGCCCGCGUGGAUGCCCUGGAGCAGGAGUCGCGGCGGCUGAUGGAGUCACACCCUGAGCUGAAGAAGGACAUUGGCCAGCGGCAGGCGUAUGUGGAGGAGCUGUGGCAGGCCCUGCAGCAAGCCCUGAAGAGCCAGGAGGCCUCGCUGGGGGAAGCCAGCCAGCUGCAGGCCUUCCUGCAGGAUCUGGAUGCGUUCCAGGCCUGGCUGUCCACGGCCCAGAAGGACGUGGCCUCCAAGGACAUGCCCGAGUCCCUCCCAGAGGCCGAGCAGCUCCUGCAGCAGCACGCGGCCAUCAAGGACGACAUUGACAGGCACCAGAAGAGCUACGAGCAGGUCAAGGCAUCCGGAGAGAAGGUGAUCCAUGGCCAGACAGACCCGGAGUACCUGCUCCUGGGCCAGCGGCUGGCUGGCCUGGAUAAGGGCUGGGAUGCCCUGCACCGGAUGUGCGAGAGCCGCAGCCAUGCCCUCACCCAGUGCCUCGGCUUCCAGGAGUUCCAGAAAGAUGCCAAGCAGGCUGAAGCCAUCCUCAGCAACCAGGAAUAUACUCUGGCUCACUUGGAGCCCCCAGACUCCCUAGAAGCUGCAGAGGCCAGGAUCCGGAAGUUUGAGGAAUUCUUGGUGUCUAUGGAGAACAACCGGGAUAAGGUUUUGAGUCCUGUGGACUCUGGAAACAAGCUGGUAGCUGAAGGAAACCUCUACUCAGACAAGAUCAAGGAGAAGGUGCAGCUGAUUGAGGACAGGCACAGGAAGAAUGACGAGAAGGCCCAGGAGGCCUCGGUCCUUCUGAGAGACAACCUGGAACUCCAGAACUUCCUGCAGAACUGCCAGGAGCUCACUCUCUGGAUCAAUGACAAGCUGCUGACAUCUCAGGAUGUCUCCUAUGAUGAAGCUCGAAACCUUCACAACAAAUGGCUGAAGCACCAGGCGUUCGUGGCAGAGCUGGCUUCCCACCAGGGGUGGCUAGAGAACAUUGAUGCAGAAGGAAAGCAGCUGAUGGAGGAGAAGCCCCAGUUUGCGGCCCUGGUGUCCCAGAGGCUGGAAGCCUUGCACCGGCUCUGGGAUGAGCUUCAGGCCACCACACAGGAGACGGCCCAGCACCUCUCAGCCGCCAGGAGCUCUGACCUGCGCUCGCAGACCCACGCCGACCUCAACAAGUGGAUCAGGGCCAUGGAGGACCAGCUACGGUCGGACGACCUGGGCAAAGACCUGACCAGCGUCAACAGGAUGCUGGCUAAGCUGAAGCGUGUGGAGGACCAAGUGAACGUGCGGAAGGUGGAGCUGGAGGAGCUGUUUGCCCAGAUGCCCUCGCUGGGAGAGGAGGCAGGGCGUGAAGACUUGAGCAUCGAGAAGCGGUUCCUGGACCUUCUGGAGCCCUUGGGGAGGAGGAAGAAGCAGCUGGAAUCAUCCAGAGCCAAGCUGCAGAUCAGCCGGGACUUAGAGGAUGAGACGCUCUGGGUGGAGGAGAGGCUGCCUCUGGCCCAGUCGACCGACUAUGGCACGAACCUGCAAACUGUGCAGCUGUUCAUGAAGAAGAACCAGACGCUGCAGAACGAGAUCCUGGGCCACGCGCCGCGGGUGGAGGACGUGCUGCACAGAGGGCAGCAGCUGGUGGCCGCGGCCGAGAUCGACUGCCGGGACGUGGAGGAGCGCCUGGGGCAUCUGCAGGGUUCGUGGGACACACUGCGGGAGACGGCGACCGGCCGGCUGCAGCGCCUGCGGGAUGCCAGCGAGGCACAGCAGUACUACCUGGACGCGGGCGAGGCCGAGGCCUGGAUCAGUGAGCAGGAGUUCUACGUCUUCUCCGACGAGACCCCCCAGGAUGAAGAGGGCGCCAUCGUGAUGUUGAAGCGGCACUUGCGGCAGCAACGCACAGUAGAGGAGUACGGGCGGAACAUCAAGCAGCUGGCCGGCCGGGCCCAGAGCCUGCUGUCUGCAGGCCACCCCGAGGGGGAACAGAUCAUCAGACUUCAGGGGCAGGUGGACAAGCAGUACGCAGGGCUGAAGGACAUGGCAGAGGAGCGCAGGCGGAAGCUGGAGAACAUGUGCCACCUGUUCCAGCUGAAGAGGGAGGUGGAAGACCUGGAGCAGUGGAUCACGGAGAAGGAGCUGGUGGCCUCCUCCCCAGAAAUGGGGCAAGACUUUGACCACGUGACUCUGCUCCGGGACAAGUUCCGGGACUUUGCCCGGGAGACCGGGGCGAUUGGGCAGGAACGGGUGGACAACGUGAAUGCCAUCAUUGAGCGGCUCAUCGACGCGGGCCACGCAGAGGCGGCCACCAUCGCCGAGUGGAAGGACGGGCUGAACGAGAUGUGGGCGGACCUGCUGGAGCUCAUUGACACGCGCAUGCAGCUGCUGGCCGCCUCCUAUGACCUGCAGCGCUACUUCUACACUGGUGCCGAGAUCCUGGGCCUCAUUGAUGAGAAGCACCGCGAGCUGCCUGAGGAUGUGGGGCUGGACGCCAGCACUGCCGAGUCCUUCCACCGCGUGCACACAGCCUUCGAGCGGGAGCUCCACCUGCUGGGUGUGCAGGUACAGCAGUUCCAGGACGUGGCCACCCGCCUGCAGACAGCGUACGCUGGAGAGAAGGCGGACGCCAUCCAGAACAAGGAGCAGGAGGUGUCUGCCGCGUGGCAGGCACUGCUCGAUGCCUGCGCGGGGCGCCGCACCCAGCUGGUGGACACAGCGGACAAAUUCCGCUUCUUCAGCAUGGUCCGAGACCUCCUCUCCUGGAUGGAGAGCAUCAUCCGGCAAAUCGAGACCCAGGAGAAGCCCAGGGACGUCUCCUCGGUGGAACUGCUCAUGAAGUAUCACAAGGGCAUUCUGGCGGAGAUGGAAACGCGAAGCAAGAACUUCAGCGCCUGCCUGGAGCUGGGCGAGUCCUUGCUGCAGCGGCAACACCAAGCCUCGGAUGAGAUCAGGGAGAAACUGCAGCAGGUGGUGUCCAGGAGGAAGGAGAUGAAGGAGAAGUGGAAGGCCCGCCAGGAGCAGCUCCACAUGUGGCUGGAAGUGUGCCAGUUCUCUCGGGACGCCUCGGUGGCUGAAGCGUGGCUGAUCGCCCAGGAGCCCUACCUGGCCAGCCGGGACUUUGGACACACGGUGGACAGUGUGGAAAAGCUCAUCAAGAGGCAUGAGGCUUUUGAGAAAUCCACGGCAGGCUGGGCAGAGCGCUUCGCCGCCCUGGAGAAGCCCACCACGCUUGAGCUCAAAGAACACCAGACCCCGGAGAGAACUGAGGAGGAGACUGGGCCUCAAGAGGAGGAAGGCGAGACAGCAGGGGAGGCUCCCCGAGGUCCCCACCGAGCAGCCACCGAGAGAACGUCCCCGGGGGAAGAAGAGAGGCAGUGGCCCCAGGACCUGCAGCCGCCACUGCCGCCAGGGCCGCACAAGGAAGGGCAGGAGGAGAGAUCCAGCACAGAUGAGAGGCCCACCACAGAGCCCCUCUUUAAGGCCCUGGACACGCCUCUGAGCGAGGGUGAUGAGCCUACAACGCUGCCAGCCCAGGUGGACCACGGGCACAGCGUGCAGAUGGAGGGCUACUUGGGCCGCAAGCACGACCUGGAGGGGCCCAACAAGAAGGCGUCCAACAGGUCCUGGAACAACCUGUACUGUGUGCUCAGGAAUAGCGAGCUGACUUUCUACAAGGAUGCCAAGAACCUGGCCCUGGGGGUGCCCUACCAUGGGGAGGAGCCCCUGGCCCUGCGACAUGCCAUCUGUGAGAUUGCUGCCAGCUACAAGAAGAAGAAGCACGUCUUCAAGCUGAGGCUGAGCAAUGGCAGUGAGUGGCUUUUCCAUGGCAAGGAUGAGGAGGAGAUGCUGUCCUGGCUGCAGGGCGUGAGCACCGCCAUCAACGAGUCCCAGAGCAUCCGUGUCAAGGCACAGAGCCUGCCCCUACCCUCCAUCACCGGCCCCGACGCCAGCCUCGGCAAGAAAGACAAGGAGAAGAGAUUCAGCUUCUUCCCCAAAAAGAAGUAGCCUCUCGGGCACCCCGCGGGUGAAGCCAGUGCGUCGGGACGAGAGACGAGCGGGGACGAGCGCUUCCCUCCUCGGCAGGGUCUUCCUCCUGCCCACGGCCCAGCCGCCGCUGCCUGCCGCCUGCCUGCUCCGAGUCGCCAGCCGGGCCCCGGGCCCCGGUGCACUGCAAUAGCUGCCUUCGCGCCACCGGCCCAACCCGGCCCGGCCCACGCCUGCCUCCGCGCCCUCUGCCCGCAGCCCCGGCGCCCCGCACACGGCGAGCGCGGGCUCCAGGGACGGAGCUCCCAGCUCCGCCGGCCCUCGGUGCCUCCGGGGCUGGGGGCAGGAGACGCGAGGCCCACGCCCUCCUCUCCCCGCCCCGCUUCCGGGCUGAGGGGCGCCAGCCCGUCCCCCGAUUCAAACAUAAGCUGGAGAAGAAGGCUGAUGGGGUUCCUCAGACGCUGCCCACUCCCAAAGCAAGUCUUGCUUGGGGUCACCUCCUGCUCAGUCGCAGCCAGGGAAAGGGAAAGGGAAGAGGACAACGGAAAUGCCCGACCUGCCCCUUAGGGGCGUGAGGAAGGAGGCUUCAGGGAGCUCUGGGCCAGGGGAUGCUGGGGACUGAGGGGACACGACGGCCUCCUCCCCACUGGGCUUCCUCAGAACGGGGACUCUCACCUCAGGGGCCACCGCGUCCCCUCCUCGCUCCUCCUCCCACAGAAAGAGGGGGGCACCCGACAAGAUCGAUGGGUCCUAAGUGCAAAGGGGCUCCCGCGGCCUCCGACACCCGUUGCUGCCACCCCCGAUGGUGGUAGGGAGGACCAGGAAGCUCUCAAGCCAGCCCUCUUUUAAAACUACAGUUAGAGCUUAGGGCUCAGGCCAGAAGGAGGUAGAUAGGUCUCCACACUGCCUAAGGCGCUGCCUCUCCACUCUGGGGUCCUCCCGCACUCCCAGUAGCUGUCAAACCAGCAACAUCCCACUCAGACACAGGGCCCUUAAGGGAGACAGCGCAGGUCCCCAGGUACAAGAUGGACACCGCAAUGCCUGGAGUAGAGCAUCCCAAAGCCAAAUACCCCAUGUGUUCUGUCUGCAGCUGGUACCACCUGAGGGUGCUGGCUGGACCGACAGCAAAUUUCAUGACCCGUCACCCUGGGGUGGCAAAUGUGGCCACACCUGGGUAUUUAUUACGACCCACGGAACAACCCCAGAUGGCUGGGACAAAUGCUGGGGCCAAAGCCAUUAAGGUGUGGCAGGCACCCUUGCUUAGCUCCUCCAGAAGGUCCUGGCCUUGAGUCAGGGGGCCACAUGGGUAUCUACCCCACAAUCCCAAGCACAGCCAAAAGGGGCCCUGCAACCUCUAUCCCCAGGGAUAGCUUUCCCUGUGCUGCUGAGGUCAGACUUCCAGACGGAAGAGACCACUAGUUCCACAGGGAUUUUUCUCCGCCACUCUCUGAAAGCAAUGCAGCUCCAGCCCAGCAUCUUAACUGGGGUUAGGUCCAAAAGAGGGGUUAAGUUGCAGGCAGCAGGCAUUUCCCCAGGGACCAGAAAGGUCCCUGGGGCCAGCAGUUGCUGUUUCCAUCACCUUCCCCAUGGGAAGGAGCCUUAGACACACUGAGAUGAUCCCCCGGAAGCGGGUGAAGCUCAGGUAGAAACCACAGGCAUAGGCAUCCGGAGUUACUAGGCCUUCCCAGGAGCUCUUAGUGCUGGAGAUCAACACCACCAUGUCAAGGGAAGGCAAUUUCAGCAGACAAGAACCACAGGAGGGAAGUUCUCUGCUGGAGCCUGACAGGUGGUCCCACCUCUGGAGCCAGGGUCUUCAUUUGGCCUCUAUGCACCUAACCCUAUGGCCCUCUGUGCAUCCACAGGGAACCUAAUCUAUACCACCCACCAGCCUCUUUCUAUACCUAGGGAAACCAAGGCAGGAGGCAGUGAGGUGAUGACACUCACCUGGCAAUAAAGAAGGCCUCUGGUGCAUCUGAGGGCAUGUCCUUCUCCAGGGCAGAUAGCGGCAAGAGUCUCCCUCAACUGUUCCCAUGGGCCAGUCUUCAGGGAGCCAAGAGACUAGAGGCCACCCUCUCCCCUCCACGUGUGCCAAAGCAGCACCUGAAGUGAAGAAUUUCAGCAAGCAACUCCACAGUCCCAAGAAUGAAAGGGCCUCAAGGAAAAGCUAGGAUUUCACCACUCCUGGGCCCCCAGACUGGGCAAGGGCAGCAGCCGGCUGCAUGUGACCCACCAUCUACUGCCAGCUACCCACGCAUCCCUCCCCCCACAUCACACAGGCCCCAAGACACUCAACUCACUGGACUGAAACUGCAGGGGCCCAGCUUUGGGACUCUGUGCCACAUGGGGGGCUAAGCUCCUGGUGCCCUGGCAAGGUUUCUUUUUUCCCUCCUUACAUUUUCUAUUUUGUAGUUCUUUUCUUUAACAGUAUCCCCAAACAGCUCCAGUCCACACCAGCAAACCAGGAUUCCUCCCCAGGGCAGUUUAGAGGAAGCUCCUUCUGGGCAUGGUCAGGUGGUCCUCCUUCCCUCUCUCCUUUCCCUUUGUCCCCUGGCCUCAACUGACUGUGGCUGAGGGAGGUAAGGAGGGUCCUCGAGCUUCCUCCCCCCUACCUAGCACCCAUAACAGGAGGUCUGUGGGGGGCUCGGCUUCCCCGCCACCCCACUCCUUCUUCCUGCCUAUCGGAGAGCACAGAGAGUCCCCAAGGCUGGCCCUGGAUCGCCCUCCUCCCUUCAGUAGGAGGGGGCAGAGAUCCAGAGGACCCCGUGGCUCGGUCUCUUGGACAAGUAAGCUCAGGGAGGAUGCAAGGGAGGAGGUGGCUGCAGAGGACGGCAGCCCUGUUGGGCACAGACCAUGCAAUCUGGGGCUGGCCCUGGGGCCGGCUCGGCCUUGUCCUCCACCUGCUCAAAUGUGCUUCCACCAACCAGAGAAAACCCAUUUACUAGUUUUUCUAAUAAAUCAAUAACGCUCCA